GCGGUCAAACAGGGUAUUGCAAUCACGAUGGGCGGUGAAGGUGGUCGGUGGCGUGUCCCGGAGAAGAAGCCAGGUGAAGCUAACACCUGUUCAUUCAUAAAAAAAGGAAAGAAAAUAAAACAGCAGGAUGUCGGUAUCGUCAACUGAUUGAGACACGAUGAACCGUCUGAAAGUACCGGGAAGUCACGAUAAAAAUAACGUUAACUCCGGCAAGAAAUCAAAUAAAAACAGCCGGGGUUGUUCGUUAGCUAGCUAACAUAGUUACGCAGUAAGCUAGCAGAACAGGCUAAGCUAGCAGCGACUGGAGUUCUAACCGCCAAAAGAGAAACAAGAUCAGUGGGACGUUAUGAUGUGGACAUGGACCCUGAAACCUCCAUGAAGGACAGGACAGGACGGGACAACUCUCUUCUACAAAGGCUAACUGGUGGGGAGGGGGUUAGACCUUAAGUUACUUCCUGUGGCCCCCGGUCCUCCAGAUCAGACUGCUUUCUGGUGCAGCAGUGGGCGUCUGUGUUCUCUGUUCAGCUUCGAGAGCUGACCACCAAAUACUCCGGCUCUCUGCUGCUGCAGAAGAAACUGAAGGAUGUCGAGUCCAUCGUAAAGAUCGUGGAGCUGAACGGAGACGACUUGGUGAAGGAUUACUCGGAUGAAAUCGAGCGGAUGUUGGGGAGCAAGAUGAAGUCAGUGAAGAGGUUGGCAGAGUCUGCAGAGGAUGCUGAUCUGUACCAUGAUUUCAACGCCACAUUAGAGUUUGAUUAUUACAACUCCAUGAUGAUCAACACGGUGGACGAGGACGGGAACAGCUUGGAGCUGGGCGGAGAUUUUCCCCUGGAGGAGAACGAACACUUCAACAACAUGCCGGUGAACGUGGUGCAGAGCGACAUCCAGGUUCCCACCAACGUCUACAACAAAGAUCCAAACAUCCUGAACGCCAUCUAUAACUCUGAGGCGUUAAACGACGUCUUCAUCAGUAACUACCAGAAGGAUCCGACGCUCACCUGGCAGUACUUCGGCAGCUCCACCGGGUUCUUCAGAAUCUACCCCGGUAUUAAAUGGACUCCAGACUCCAACGGUGUCGCAGCUUUUGACUGCAGGAACAGAAAUUGGUACAUCCAGGCAGCCACGUCUCCCAAAGACAUCAUCAUCAUGGUGGACAUCAGCGGCAGCAUGAAGGGACUGAAGAUGACCAUCGCCAAACACACCAUCAACACCAUCCUGGACACACUGGGAGAGAACGACUUCGUCAAUGUCAUCGCUUACACGGACUACGUUCGCUACGUGGAGCCGUGCUUCAGAGGGACUCUGGUCCAGGCUGACUUGGACAACAGAGAGCACUUUAAGAUUCUGGUGGACGAGCUGCACGUUAAAGGAGAAGCGAAGAUCAAGAACGCGAUGAAGGAAGCUUUCAAAAUCCUCAAUGAGGCGAGGGCGAACGGUCAGGGCAGCAUGUGUAACCAGGCCAUCAUGCUGAUCACGGACGGAGCCAUGGAGGACUUCGAGUCCGUCUUCGAAGAGUUCAACUGGCCUGAGCGCAGGGUGCGAGUCUUCACCUACCUGAUUGGCAGAGAGAUGACCUUCGCUCAAAACACCAAGUGGAUCGCCUGCAACAACAAAGGUUACUACACACACAUCUCCACGCUGGCCGACGUGCAGGAGAACGUCAUGGAGUACCUUCACGUGCUCAGCCGACCGAUGGUCAUCAACCACGACCACGACAUCAUUUGGACGGAAGCCUACAUGGACACUGUGCUUCCCAACACCAAAGAGCUCUUCAACACCAAGGCUCAGAGUCUGCUGCUGAUGACCUCAGUGGCCAUGCCCGUCUUCAGCAAGAAGAAGGAAACGCUGUCCCAUGGGAUCCUGCUGGGUGUGGUUGGCUCUGACAUCCCCCUGAUGGAGGUGAUGAAGCUGGCACCCAGAUACAUGCUGGGAGCUCACGGCUACGCCUUCCUCAUCACUAAUAACGGUUACAUCCUGGCUCAUCCUGACCUUCGACCUCUGUAUAAAGAUGGAAAGAAACUGAAGCCGAAGCCGAACUACAACAGUGUGGAUCUGGGUGAGGUGGAGUGGGAGGAUACGGAGGAGAGGCUGAGAACAGCCAUGGUGAAGGGACAGACUGGCAGCACCAGCCUGAACGUCAGAGCUUCAGUGGAUAAAGGAAAACGACCUCUUUACCUCACCAACAAUUACUUCUACACAAACAUUGAUGAGACACCUUUCAGCUUCGGCAUGGUGCUGACGAGGGGUCACGGAAGCCUGAUGUUCUUGGGAAACGUUUCUGUGGAGGAAGGCCUGCAUGAUCUCACCUCCCCCGACCUCAGCAUCGCCACUGAGUGGACUUACUGUGAGACGGACAUCGACCCCGCCCACCGAAAGUUCACACAGCUUCAGGCCGCCAUCCGCUACCUGCUGGGGAAGGAGCCCGACCUCGAGUGUGACGAGGUGUUGCUGCAGCAGACGCUGUUUGACGCCGUGGUAACGGCUCCACUGGAAGCGUACUGGAACGCCCUGAUGCUCAAUGACAGGGUGGAGCCCGGAGUGGAGACGGCCUUCCUCGGGACUCGUUCCGGCCUGAUGAGGAUCAUAAGAUACGCAGGAGUGGAGACCAGAGUGGCAAAGAAGUUUCUGACUCCGGCUGAUAAAGACAACCUGUUCACCGUCGAUCACUUCCCUCUGUGGUACCGCCUGGCCGUGGAAAACACGCCUGGAAGCUUCCUCUACUACCCCGUCAACGACAAAGGAGUGAAGUUCAUCAUAGCAACAACAUCUGUGACGGUGUCAUCAGGAGGAAAGACGGCCAUGGCUGGAGCUAUCGGGGUGCAGAUGUCCUUGGACUGCCUGGAAAAGAGGUUCUGGGCCAUCGCCAAGCAGCCCAGCGACACAGACUGUACAAGCAUCGAAGGCGUGUGUCCUCUCAGCUGUGAGAGUGCUGAUCUCAACUGUUUCCUGGUCGACAACAACGGCUUCAUCCUGCUGUCCAAGGAGAGGAACGAGGUCGGCCGCUUCUUUGGCGAGGUGGACGGAUCCGUCAUGGCGUCGCUGAUCAAGAUGGGAAUGUACAAAAAAGUGUCGCUGUUCGACUACCAGGCGAUGUGUAAGAACAGUCAUCAUCACGCCAGCAGCGGCCAUCGUCUGCUCAGCCCGUUUUACGUCAUGGCAGCGUUGAUGAGAUGGUUCUUCUCCAACGCGCUCAUGUUCCUGCUGGACUUUAACUUCUGUGGUCUGUGGCACUCUGAUUACUUCGUGGACGCCAAGGCUGGCUACCAUACAUCUCAUAAGCAGAAGAAGGUGGAGGCGCUGCAGCCCUGUGACACAGCGUAUCCCGGCUUCAUGUACGACACGUCUGUGAAAGAAGCAAACAGCCUCAUCAAGUGUGGACGCUGCCAGAAGAUGUUUGUGGUCCAGGCGAUUCCUGACAGUAAUCUGGUUCUGGUGGUGACUCAGGCCGACUGCGACUGUUCUCGUCAGUACGGACCGAUUCUGCUGGAGCCCAAAGAGAUCAAAUAUAACGCCACCGUGAAGUGCAACAGGAUGAAGUCACAGAAGGUGCGGCGGCGCCCGGAGUCCUGUCACGCCUACCACCCGAAGGAAAAUGCGAAGGAAUGUGGAGGAGCGUCGUCCAUCUCUCUGUCGCUCGCUCUCUUCUCGGCCUCUCUGCUCGUGUCGUCACUCCUCCAACAUCGGACGUAGAAUAAAACGACCAAUCAGGACGCUGUGAGGGCGGCGAGGAUUUGAAGCAGGCGGCCACGGGAUGUUUUUAUUCACUCGACACGACGACGGGACGUCUCAGAUCUUCUGGCCUGCUGAUCAGACGAGCUCGGCUCACUCUGCAGUGGAGAUUAAAGGGCUAUUUGAUUUUCUUUCUUUCUUUUUUAACAAACUGCAUCUAGGAUUAUUUUCUCCUUCCUGGAAUAAACUGAAGUAGCUCGAGAGCUGCAGGAGAAACCAGAUGGACAGAUGUAAACGUGCAGCUGGAGGAGAAACUUUGCCAUUACACACAAAGAAUGUAGCUUCUUUGUAGCUUUUUGAUACAGAAACCUUGUAUACAAGUAGAGUUUUACAUUCAAAUGAUUUUUUUUAAAAAUAGGGAAUAACUGAGCAGCUGUUUGAGGUCAAAGGUCAACAGAAAGUACAAGUGGCCAAAUGAAGUGGUGUCAUAAAUAUUUGCAGUGUUUGGUGAAGAGUCCAGGUUCCUGCGCAGCGUGAAGCGAACAGUGUGGAAUCUGAUUUUAGUGAUUUGUGGGAGAAAGAGUUGAAUUAAUCUGAGACCUGAUUAGUUUGAGAGACGAUGCAGUAAAAUCUCUGAACUGCCUGAAUUCAUAGUUUCACAAAUGAUGUCGUCAUGUCAUGAUGGUUUCCAUGGAUACUGCGAGUAAACAAUGCAGCACACUGAAGCAGAAACAUGAAUAAAUGUAACUUUUCUUUUUUCCACUCGUACA